AUGGGGCACUGGGCUCCAGGAUGGCUCCUGCUGUGGGUGCUGGUGACAACCCUCAGCGCCAGACCUCUCUCCCCUAACAGCACCCACCAGGACACAGGUGAGGGCCAGGCCCCGAGCACUGCGGGCCGAGCCUCCCCCGAACGGCUCCCCCGGGCCGAACCCCCCCUCGCCAGCACGGCCUGCUGGCAAGCAGCACGUGGAAGCUCAGCUGUGCUGUUGGGGAGCAGUAGAGUCGUGGCCUUGACGUACCAGAGCGUCUCCCCCGUGGCCGGCUCCCUGCUCUGGUUUCUUGGCACUGCAGUGACGCCGAGGGGAGGGACGUGGCAGGCGCCGGGGCCGCUCUGGUUCGAUUAUCCCGACGACGACCGAGCCAAGAUCCUGGCGACCUACCGCUACAUCGGGGAGAAGCCCGUGUUCUUCGCAGCCAGUGAGGGGACGGGGGGCAGGGAUCCCCAGACAGGCAGUGCCCCUCAGUCCUGCCCCCAGCUCCAGGCUACCCCGCCCGGCUCCCGACCCGCAGCCCCUGCUAGCCCAGCCGUGCCCCCCCCAGCCCUGCCGGUGCCCCUCACUCCCGACCCGCAGCUCUGCCCCAGCAGUAGUUCAGGAGGGGACGGGGGGCUCACACUCGAUGUCCAUAAGCUUUGGCCCCAGGGCGGAGGCUUGGGGGGGUUCACUCCCACUUUGUCCCCACGUUGGCCUUUUUGCCCCCCACCAGAUCCCCUCCCCCGAGUCCUGCACCACAUCCUGCUUGGUUCCGUCCUGCUGACCCUGCUCUUCCUCCUCUACCAGAUCUGCAGCACAAUGUAG